AUGUCUAUUCUACCACCCGAAAUUCACACUGCUCUAUCUCAGUUAUUGCUGGGGCUAGCGACACCUGACAACCUGGUACGCACACAAGCCGAGGAGCGACUAAAUAAUGAGUGGGUUCAAGAGCGCCCAGAUGUCUUGCUUAUGGGACUAGCUGAACAGCUGCAUGCUGCGGAGGAUUCCAAUACACGAACAUUUGCUGCUGUUCUAUUUCGAAGGAUAGCUGCGCGGUCUGUGAAAGACCCUAAUUCGACCGACUCAAGAAGACUGUUCUUCACCCUUUCCCCCGACCAUAGAAUAGCUAUUCGACAAAAAUUACUGCAAGCUUUGAACGGUGAAAGCGUAUCAAAUGUGCGCAACAAAGUUGGAGACGCGGUGGCCGCUAUCGCCGAACAAUACACAGAAAGCGGGGAACCUUGGCCCGAACUUCUUGGAGUUCUGUUUCAAGCCAGCCAGUCUUCGGACACUGGCCUUCGCGAAUCCGCUUUCCGCAUCUUCUCCACUACACCGCGGGUCAUUGAGAAGCAGCACGAGGAGACGGUUCUUGGUGUUUUUAUGAAGGGGUUUAAAGAUGAACACAUCUCGGUUCGAAUCUCUGCAAUGGAAGCUUUUGCAUCGUUCUUCGGUUCUCUACAUAAGAAGUCCCAGUCAAAAUAUUUUUCUUUAGUUCCAGAUCUUCUGAAUAUUCUUCCUCCACUCAAGGAAGCUGAUGAAAGCGAGGAACUCUCCAAGGCCUUUGUUUCCCUUAUAGAUAUUGCUGAACUCUGCCCUAAGAUGUUUAGGCCCCUUUUCAAUAAUCUUGUGAAGUUUAGCAUUAGUGUCAUUGCUGACAAAGAGUUGUCAGACCAAGUCAGACAAAAUGCAUUAGAGCUCAUGGCCACAUUUGCAGACUAUGCGCCAACGAUGUGCAAGAAGGAUCCUGACUUCGCAAAAGACAUGGUGACGCAAUGCCUAAGCUUGAUGACAGAUGUUGGCUUAGAUGAUGAUGAUGCAGCUGAGUGGGGAGCAUCGGAAGAUCUUGAUCUUGAAGAUAGUGACAAAAAUCAUGUUGCUGGUGAACAAUGUAUGGAUCGACUUGCCAACAAACUUGGCGGCGAAAUUAUUCUUCCUCCUACAUUCAAUUGGGUACCACGGAUGAUCUCUUCGGCUGUUUGGCGAGAUAGGCAUGCUGCCCUCAUGGCAAUUUCUGCCAUCUCCGAGGGCUGCAGCGACUUGAUGGUCAAUGAGUUGCAACAAGUCCUUGCACUUGUUAUCCCUGCCCUUCAGGACCCACACCCACGGGUAAAAUUUGCAGGCUGCAAUGCCCUUGGCCAGAUGAGCACUGAUUUUGCCGGCACUAUGCAAGAGAAAUAUCAUUCUGUGAUUCUCGGAAACCUCAUUCCGUCCCUAAACUCGGAGCAUCCCCGAGUUCAAGCUCAUGCCGCAGCGGCUCUUGUCAACUUUUGUGAAGAGGCAGAGCCAGCAAUCCUUGAACCAUACCUUGAACAGUUGCUGGGUCAUCUUGUUCGGCUACUUCAGAGUCCGAAGAAGUUCGUCCAGGGACAAGCACUCUGUACGAUCGCCACGAUCGCCGACUCUGCAGAAGCUACAUUCGCGAAUUAUUACGACAGGUUGAUGCCAAUGCUGUUCAAUGUCUUAAGAGAAGAACAAUCUAAAGAAUACAGAGAAAUUCGUGCGAAAGCUAUGGAGUGUGCUACUUUGAUAGCAUUAGCUGUGGGCAAAGAUAAAAUGGGUCAGGAUGCCUUAACCUUAGCACAAUUGCUCGCCCAUAUCCAGCAAAAUAUCACCGAUGCGGAUGAUCCACAGUCUUCGUAUCUUCUACACUGCUGGGGGCGUAUGUGCCGCGUCCUUGGGACCGACUUUGUUCCUUACCUUCCUGGAGUUAUGCCACCAUUACUUCAAGUGGCCGCUGCGAAGGCAGAUUUACAAAUUCUUGAUGAUGAGGCACAAAUCCAAGAGGUUGAGCAAGAUGGCAAAUGGGACUUGCUUCCACUGAAGGAUAAGGUUAUUGGAAUUAAAACAAGUGUCCUUGAGGACAAGAAUGUGGCGAUCGAGUUGAUUACAAUUUACGCACAAGUUCUCCAGGCUGCGUUUGAGCCUUACGUUGUCGAGCCGUUGGAAAAGAUUGCACUACCUGGUCUGACAUUCUUCUUUCACGACCCUGUUAGAGUGUCGUGCGCCAAGCUUAUCCCUCAUUUGCUUAACGCAUAUAAGAAGGCCCAUGGUGAUCGAUCUCCUGAAUUUUAUCAGUUGUGGUCUAAGACUGUUGAAAAAAUUAUUGAGUGUUUAAGCGCGGAACCCUCCGUCGAUACUCUGGCCGAAAUAUUCCAGUGUUAUUAUGAAUCCUUGGAGGUAGCGGGCAAAAACAGUCUGACUCAAGAUCAAAUGCAAGCUUUUGUUGAAGGCACCCGAUCAACCUUGGAAGACUAUCAGAUCCGCGUAAAGAGACGAAUGGAUGAGAAAGCUGAAGUGGAAGAAGGUGAUGACGAGACGUUAUCAUUCGAAUAUGAAGUCGAAGAAGACCAGAAUUUACUCAGUGAUAUGAACAAGGCUUUCCACACGACCUUCAAGAACCAGGGAUCGGACUUCUUACCAGCCUGGGAGCGUAUUUUGCCAUUUUACGAUGUCUUUGUUGUGAGCGAAGAACCAACACAACGACAGUGGGCUCUUUGCGUUAUAGAUGACGUACUCGAAUUCUGUGGUGAGCAUUCAUGGAACUACAAAAACCACAUUUUGCAGCCUUUGAUCAACGGCAUGCGAGAUGACAAUGCGGCCAACCGCCAAGCAGCUUCAUACGGUGUUGGUGUUGCAGCUCAAAAAGGUGGGGCUGCUUGGAGUGAAUUUGUGGCAGCCAGUAUCCCUACUUUGUUCCAAGUCACACAGCAUGCAGAAGCCCGAUCUGAAGACCAUGUUUUUGCUACUGAGAAUGCUUGUGCUAGCAUUGCCAAAAUUUUACAUUUCAAUGCCAGCAAAGUGCAGAAUCCUCAACAAGUUGCUGAUAAUUGGGUCAAUACACUUCCGAUCUUAAAUGACGAAGAAGCUGCCCCCUAUGGCUACUCUUUUCUUGCGCAGCUUAUCGACCAGCAAAACCCUGCUGUCUUAACACAUGCCCAGAAUGCUCUCACCUAUGUUGUUCAGGCCCUUGACGCUGAGACCCUACAGGGUGGCAUUGCGGAAAGAGUUGUGGUUUCGGCUAAAAGACUAUUAACAGUACCAAACGUGAAUCUGGAGCAAGCUCUGAGUAACGAAAUGACCGAAGGAACCGCAUCCUCCCCAGGCCUCGAGCCGCAGAAGGUCCUUGUUUUCGGUGCAACUGGUCUUAUCGGAUCUAAGAUUCUCAGCGCUUUGGUCGCGAUAAAAGCCCACCUCGAGUCAAUAGCAGUAUUUACUUCGCUGACGACUUUGGAGAAGAAAUCAGAAUUUCUUGACGAUCUCAAAAACGAAGGCAUCCGUGUGAUCACUGGAAAUCUAAACAACGAAGAUGAUAUUCGUCGGAUUGACACUGUCAUAAGCGCCCUAGGUAGAGAAGUCCUAUCUUCUCAAAUUCCUUUGAUUCGACUUGCUGCCUCGCCGUCGAGCUCAGUCAAGUGGUUCUUCCCAUCAGAGUAUGGGACAGAUAUCGAGUACUCGCCGGCGUCUGCGCAGGAGAAACCUCACCAGCAGAAGCUUAAGGUGAGAGCUGCAUUGGACGAGGUUAAAGGCACACUGGCGCAUACAUACGUGGUGACUGGGCCUUUUGCUGAUCUCUAUUUGGGGCCUGGACUGCGUGACGCUAGAGGGGGGGCUUUCAAGGUGAAGGAGAGAAGGGCAGACCUGCUAGGCGACGGGCAUGGUAAGAUAAGCUUAACGACUAUGGAUGACGUUGGGAAACUUGUUGCUGCUGCUAUCCUUCAGCCAUCCUUGGCUAAAAACCGGGCACUGAAGGUCAAUUCCUUCACUACUACGCCAGCUGAUAUACUAGCCGAGUUUGAGCGUCAGACUGGGGGUCAGUCAUGGGGUAAUAUUACGCACACCCCUCUCGAUGAGUUGCGGAAGCUGGAAGAGGAGGCUUGGAACGAUGGUGUUGUUGGAAAGGCGACAGUUCUCACACUAAGGCGGAUAUGGACGGAGGGAGGAACUCUGUAUGAGAAAAGGGAUAACGAGGCUAUAGGGGCACCCCCAAUGGAGACAUUGGAACAAGCUGUGUCCAAAGCAAUCAAAGAGCAGACUGAAGCCGCUGUGUAG